CGUUUGCACCACUUUUCCAUUUCGAAUAGCUUUCCUGUACUAUUUUUCAACGAAUAUGGCAUCUCGCGUGUUGGUUGUCGGGAGUGGUUGUAUAGGUACGAUCUCCGCUUACUUUUCUUGUAGCUCAACAAAAAAGGGAUGAGAGAGCCGGGUCGUCUCCCACACAUGGGCCUCGUUGUCUCUGGCAUUUUAAAGAGUUUGUACGUUGCCAUAUUGAACGACACCGGCUUUYWUUCAACAAAGUCUAACGAUCUGCUAUGUAUUAUUUAAUCUAUAUUUUAUUCAAUAUCCGACGACUUUCGCAGGCCUUCGGACAGCAUUGGAGUUGACAAGGAAGCGUGUUUCUGUCGUUUUACGAUCGCCAGUGCACCCACUGGACAAAUCAAACUGCUCUCAGGGUGCGGGUGGUCUAUGGAUGCCAAUCUAUUGCGAAGACCCUCGCGUCGAUCAAUGGGGGUUCGAAACCCUUGACGAAAUUUAUCCGCUGGCCGAAGAUGCUGAAAAUUCGCUCGUGGACCUCCGCCAUGUAUUGGCACUAAAAAAAAGGCACGAAGGACCGAGCACGGAGGACAUGGUGGCCGAUAAUUAUCACAAAGGAACAGGAGGGAGGUCUCUUCUGCCAUCGUGGUCCUCCGAUGCUCGUUUCAAGUUCCAAAACGUAACGCUAGAGCAGGUGCAGUGGCAAAACCAAAUCCACAAGCUCCGUUUGCCUUCCCUAGCCAAGGCGCAAGAAGCUGGUUACAACCACGCUUGGUUCUUCCAAACACCAGUUGUUGACUGCCCCAAAAUGAUGGAGCACUUUCUGGACGAACUUACAGGGAGUAACAUUUCAAAGAGUGCUGGCAAAGCAGAUAUAAAUGUCGAAACCGGAAUUUAUUACCAAUCCAAGGCGGAAUUAUUCGAAGAGGCAAAGAAUUUCGGCUGUGACGCAAUCGUAAAUUGCACCGGAAUGGGUGCAUCAGAACUCUGUAAAGACGUUGAAUUGGUUGGCGCAAGAGGAAUUUUGAUGAACUACGAUCGAGAAUCUUGCAAGCGUCUUGAGCACAAAGAUGAUGAUGGAACCAUAUCAGCUGGAGUGAAUGAUCAGCUACACGAUGCCUGUAUUUUUGCCGACGAGGCACCCUGGGGAACACCCGAAUAUCCUAGCUAUAUGAUUGUUCGGGGUGACGAUAUCGUGGUGGGUGGAACAUGCGUGAAAGGAGACACAGAAACAAAAAUACGACCACAAGAGCGAACGAGACUCUUCGAAACGGCGCGAUUGCUUGGUAUUGAUACGAAUGCUUGCCAGCCAAAAGAAGAGUGGGUAGGAUUUCGACCAUACCGACAAGAGAUUCGGUGUGAAAUUGAUGACGAAAAAUCCAUGAGUAAUGAUACAGAAAAUGAUGACAGAAUCCGAUUGGUUCAUUGUUAUGGAACGGGAGGUAGUGGCUGGACAAUCUAUACGGGCCUUGCCAAAGAAGCCGCAAGGCUGGCCAUGCAAUAAUAUCUAUGAAUAGGACUUCUUGAAAAUGGGACUGUAGUACUGCCCCUCACGGAAUCAAAGCUUUAGCUGACG